UCGUCGCGGUUCCGUUCGACUCGGAAGAAACAGCGCAAAAAUUGAGUGGGCUAAGCACAGUGCCCCAAAGCGAUAAGCUUAUCAGAACCUCAGCCCCAAAAGCGGAUGCCAUCCCAGCCCAAUAUGAAUCUGGGGCUCUCCCCGAAGUACCUUCGACUGAUCCUGGUCAUGGUAAUGGCCCUGAUCCCGACCUUGGUGGACUGUAGCAUCAAUAAAGCCAAUUCCAAUCACUCGGCCAACUAUGAGGCGUCCACACGGGAAAUCCUGGAUAGAGCCACAGGGCGGAUGCAAACCAUUUGGAACAUGAAGCAGAGGAUUUUCCUCCAGCUGACAUCUAAGGGAAAGUCGCCGCUGGGCGGACAGGCGCCCAGCAAGCAGGAGGUCGAAAUGGAGACCUACCACCUGAUGUACGAGCUGGCGGCGAAUCUGAGCGUAGUGCCCGUGAAAGAAUUAGAGGAUCCGCUGCUGCGACGUCGCGUCCAGCGCCUGUGCAAGCUGCAGUUGCAGGGACUGCGGCCGCGGAACUACGAGCAGGCCAAGGAUCUGCUGCGGGCCAUGAGGAACUUUGUGAGUGGUCCGUUGGUUUGCACCUUCGAGGAGUGCACCACGCGUCGCCCCCUGGCCAUGUAUCCGCACAUUGUCAACAAGAACAUGCGGGCCAAGCACUACGAGGACCUGGUCCUUAACUGGUUCAGCUGGCGACGGGCCAUCAACGACAAGGACACGGCCAAGUCCACGUUCAUCGACUACGUGCGGCUGCUCAGGAUUGCGGCUACCUACAAUGGACAUGUAACGCCGUCGAGGACGUGGUACCUCCACUACGACAUGGAGAACUUCCAGGCCGAGAUGGAGGCGGUAGUGUGGGAGAUCAUGCCGCUCUACCGCGAACUUCACGCCUAUCUACGGCACGAGGUGCAGGUAACCUACCCGAAGGCGGACACCAAGAGCGACGGCGCUAUUGUGGCACCGGUUAUGGAUCAGAUCCUGUCCCAGGACUGGUAUCCACACCAGUUCUUCCGCACUCCUCACCCAAGCAAGCAGCACCAGCUGCCGUCCGUCCAUCGUCGUCUCGAAGAAGUCACUCCCGUAAAGAUCAACAAGAAGGCUGCCGAGUUCUUCGAGUCGCAGGGCCUCAACCACAUGUCCGAUGGGUUCUACGACCGCUACUCUCGGCGGAUGAACGAUGACGAGGGCGGGCCGGACUGCAAGUCUCAGGUCUACUACUUCCCACCGGAUGUGGCCCUGCGCUACUGCCCCAACUUGGACUAUAAGAAGAUGAUGCAGAUCCAUGGAACGAUGGCCGAGUUGCAGUACAAUAUUUACAAGCGGAAUCUGCCCUUUGGCCUGGACACCGAGCCCUGUCCGGGCUUCGGCAGUGCCUUGGCCGAGACUGUGGUUCUGGCCUCGGGUCCGGCCCGGCACUUGCAUCGGCUGCACAUCUUGCUGAACGAGAGCCUCACGGAGGAGCAGUCCCUUAAUCGGCUGUUCCACAUGGGGGUGCACACCCUCGUGGCUGUGCCGCAGUACUUCAUCAACGACAAGUUCCUGGUGGACGUGAUGGAUGGACGGAUCGGGGUGAAGGAGUACAGCUGCGCCUGGCGUCUUCAGGACAAGUUCGCCGGCGUCCAGCCUCCUGCCCUGCAUUCAUCGAAGGAUUUUGAUCCGGACUUUAAGUUCUAUCGGGGCAUGAACCCGGAAACAUCCAACACCAAGAAAUUUCUGUCGGAAAUACUGUGAUUCCAGUUCUAUCGCUCCUUCUGCCUGGUCAGUGGCCAGUAUUAGCCCGGAGAUGCAAAGUUUCCUUUGCACAACUGCGAUUUCUACGACAGUAAGGAGGCGGGCGAUAUGAUGCGGGAAAUGAUGCAGCUGGUGGCCUCCCGGCAUUGGCGGGAUGUCAUGGAAAUUGCCACUGGGGAGCGAAAGUUGAGUGGUCGUGGUAUUCUCGAGUACUUUGCCCCGCUCUUCACUUGGCUGAAGGAACGCAACAAGCAGCUGGACAUUGAGCCCGGCUGGGAUGCCGACGAUCUAUGCCGAAAGGAGUAAAACCCGCACCCCAAAAAGGGGCAACAUAUUGCAAAUAACAUAUAUCCUUUACGUAUUAAGUUCCAAGUAAAAAUAUCAUAUGAAACAGCUUGGCAGAUUUACCUAUUAAACUGGGCAUCUUCGCCCUGGAACCUUUACAAAAAAGCAUAUCAUAAAAGUAUUAGAUAUAAAGUUGAUACAAAUAUAACCCUAAGCGGUUUCGAUGCUGUUCUAUGAU